CAGAUAACACAGCGUGCCAGCAUGGUUUGGCACGCGCGUGCUCGUCACGGCGUGCCGUUAUAAUGCAGGCAUAGUGCUUCGAGCGGCACUGUGUUAUCUGAGUAAUAAUUAAUUUUCUAACCUAUUUAUAAUUUUUAAUUUAUAAGCGACAUAAGGAAACAGUGUUGACAAUGGAUGACAAUAAUGACAAUACAGAAGUUUAUUUUGAUAGUUAUGAAGAUUUGGAUGUCCACCGAUUGAUGCUCAAUGAUAAAUCUAGAACAUUAGCUUACAAAAAUACAAUAUUUAAUAUGAAAGAUAAGUUUACCAAUAAAAUAGUAAUGGAUGUAGGAGCUGGGACUGGAAUACUGUCUAUAUUUUGUGCACAAGCAGGAGCCAAGAAAGUUUAUGCGGUAGAAGCAAGUAAUUUGGCAAAGUUAAUAUCUAUAGUAGCUAAAGAAAAUAAUGUUGAACAAGUUAUAGAUAUCAUAGAAAAAAAGGUUGAAGAUAUUGACACAAAUGAAAUAGAGAAAGUUGAUAUUAUUGUGUCCGAAUGGAUGGGUUUUUAUUUAGUGCAUGAAGGGAUGUUAGAUUCUGUCAUAUUUGCAAGAGAUAAAUUUCUCAAAGAUGAUGGGCUUAUGUUUCCAUCUAUAGCUAAGAUUUACACAGCUCCUUGUCAACUACCUAACUUUAAUGAAUUUUGGGAUGAUAUUUUUGGAGUAAGCAUGAAAUGUAUAGCAGAAAAAUACAGACAAAGCAAAUCUUCUAAGCCAGAAAUUUUAUUAAUUCCUCAGGAAGACAUUUUAGCUGAAGGUAAAAUAAUAGUUUGGCUGGACUUGAAAACAGUAACUUCGGAAAAUUUAGAUAGUUUAGGAUCAAAAGUUGUGUUAGCUUGUUCAAAAAAUGGCAAAUAUCAAGGCUGUGCUAUUUGGUUUGAUGUGGAGUUUCCAGAUGAUUCAGUAUUAUCUACUGAUCCUGCAUUAGAGCCAACACAUUGGCAGCAAACAGUUAUAGUCUUACCUACAUCCUUUGAUGUUAGUAGAAAAGAACCUAUUGCUUUUGAAUUGAAAUUCGAUCGAAAUAAUUCCAAUUCAAGAAGGUAUAACGUUUCAUUUACAAUGUUGGAUGCCUCAGAAGUUUCUCACGAAAUUCCUUGUGAUUGUGACAUGACUAAAUGUAUCGUUACCAGAGAAUAUAUAAAAAACCAGUUUGCAAUUGAAUUAGAUACUUAAAUACUUUUAUAUCUGAUAUUUUUUUAUAAAACUACAUAUAAAUUA